AUGGUUCAAGGGUGUGGAAACAAGUGCGUCAAGUACUUCUUCUGGAUUAUUAAUCUUUUGUUCUUCAUUCUCGGAGCAGUUGUUGUUGGCCUCUCCAUAUGGAUGCUUGUUGACAAAAACUCGCUUGCUACCGUAGCAAGUACGGUAAAAGUGGAUUUGUCCCAGGUUCUAAACCAAGUUAACAUCCAGCAGUUGAACACAUUCUUGUACGUUGCCAUCGCUAUUGGUGGAGCCCUUUUGAUUCUCGGAUUCUUUGGAUGCUGUGGAAGUUGCUGUGAAAGUAUCUGCGCUAUUUCUGUCUACUUCAUCUUAGUCCUCAUUCUCUUCGUUGUUGAAAUUGUUGCUAUCGUUCUCUACUUUGUCAACAAAACCAAACUUCAACAAGGUUUUGUCACUAUAUGGCGUGACGAGCUCGUUUCCAAGUACACUACUCAACAACAAAUUCAUCAAGUCCUCGAUCAAAUUCAGUCUAGCCUGCAAUGCUGUGGAGCUGCCGGAUGCAGUGACUAUGUUCAGUACGGAGCCUUCCCAACUUCUUGCCAGUGUGCCACUAUCCAACAGCCGGGAUGUGCAACGAUGCUUUGGACCGCUUUCGAGAACAACCUCAUUUAUGUUGCUUUUGUCGGUAUCAUCAUUCUUUUUGUUGAAAUUCUCGCUAUGAUCUUCUCGUGCAUUAUCAUUGGAGCUGUCAGAGAAAAACGCGCCCAAGCUUAA